UUAAACAACAUUUUAAUAAAUUCGUUUGCACACGAGCAAACGCGGCCAAUCCGGUAAUGCCGAACCCAAUCCGGCCAUGUCACCAUGGUCACGUUGUUAAUUGCUUUGGCAGAGGGCCAGAAGCCAGAGAAACGACGCAUGUUGAUGCCUAUCUGCUGAGACGCCACCAAAGCUGUGUUGGAGUACCAAAUGAGACUGAGCACCUUGCCUGGAAUUUGCCCAAAUGCAGCAUCGCGAUCGGGCACUCCAAGCCAAGCUCACAUUCAUGUACUCCUCAAACAGCUGGUCAGCAGAAACGUCCUUCUGCUACAAGUAUCAGCAAAGAAUCAACCAGUUUCUCCGUUUUUCAACACCCUCACUCACCUCAGCCCACGGUUCAAAACCAUGCCAGGCCACUGUUGCAGCACAAGUUGCCCGGCAUUGGACCAGGUCCACGAGCAAACAAAUGUACGCCUUCGACAUCAACAAAAACCUCCCUCAAGUUUCACCUCAAACUUGCCGAUCUCAAGCUUCAAAAAAUACAACAAGAACAAGACCUGCUCAAGAAGAAACUGGAUCUGGAACGUGACGUUUUUAAUCGAAAGUAUGCACUGCUUGGGGUUUCUUCCGAUGCCCAACCAUCUGACCAUCAAGUGACAACCGUGGAUUACUCAAUCCCAGCUCAAUCGGGCGCAAUAGUGAGUCAAACUUCACUCGCUAAACUCAAUCCAGUUGAUGUGCCAAAUCCAGCGUCCAGUCAGCGCAAAUGGCACUGGACACCAUCUCCAACAUGCUCGACGGCCAGCCAACCCCCGCACACAGAAGUCGCCAAAUCAAAACAGCGUGCCAACUCCGCACGAACAACCAACGAUGGACAACUGGAAGAGGAAAAUGCCAGCUUCCAGCUCCAACAACAUUACCGAUCCGCGGGUCAACAAUAUCUGUGGACGGCCACCAAUCACACCGACGUCUACCGUGCCGCCAACGCUUGGUCGAUCGUUCGGAGUCGUAUCGUCCGCUACCAAUACCAAGCUCUGACGAUCAGCUGUUUUCCGAUCUUAACACAAGGUAGACUCACGACACAAAUACUGUCUCGCACCCCGACUACUUACCACGAAAAGGAAAACAAGAAAGAUCGGCAAAUGUUCACGUUCGGAUCAUACUACGACACACAAGUGAGCCUAACCAACCGGCCAACCCAGUCGCUUGUGAGUAUGGAAUGUGACAACACCGAAUUCAACGACCUGCGAAACUCGGUCGUCCAGAUGACUAAACUCCUCAGAACAAACCUGCGAUUUUUCCAAACCUCGUACUUCAACACCUUGCGCGUACCGAAGGCCGCAGUACUACGGGGUGCUGAACAAGUUCGACUACAUUUCCAGUCCAGCUGGAACACUUUGGUACCUUCAAGCCUAACCGGGAACAGCAGCGCACGAGGAAUAUCACUUCACUUUGACCCGCCGAAGGGACCCGAUUUGAUGCUUGUGUCGAAAGUAAACGUUGAACGGGGGACCUACCAAGAUCGGAUCAGUUGUUUACAGAGUGUUCGCGCACACACAAUCACCACGAGAACCAGUACACCACAACACACCGCAGAUCUACACAUCAUCGUGAGUACGAGCUAUAUGAAGAUUGCGUUCAGGAAAGGUUGCUCACCUGCUGAAUGGACUCCUUCACCCGCAAGUUCAUUGCUUGACGUCGUUGAUCAUUUUCACCUGGAGCCGUCUGGACACUCGGUGCGGUGGAAGGUAAACCGCACAGAUUGGUUCGGUGUACCUGGGGGGACUGUUACGCGCCGAAGCGCUUAACGCACCUCCUGAUCAGUCAAUGCAGUUGUCACCUGCAUUCGACUGUCAAUCUGACUUGAGCGCUGGACCAAAAGUCAUCCGAAUUGGUUAAGAAGCAGAAGUGAAAUCCAUGUGUGCUGCUUCACAGCGAUAUUAUCUUUAAAAUUUACUAAUUUCCUUAAUUUUCUGUUCUCAGAACGGUAAUUUAUUCAGUGCAACCACUUGGGGUUAAAAUCUAAUGAAUUUUGCACUUUUUUCUUCAAUUAGCUUUAUGUGAAAUUACAUAACCUAAAACCCGUUGAACCAUGAGAGAUGAUCAUGAGUUCAGCCAAACCAAGCUCGACCGGAUUUGCCGAUUGGCCACCGAAUUGCAUUAGGGAGCAAAAACGAAUUUAUUAAUCUACCAAAUAUACCGACUAAGACAUGCAAACAGCUUUGUUUUAAUGUCCCCGGACUGUGAUUAAUAAACCGGAUGAAUCCUCCCGUUGGCCACAGCCAACACUGUUUGAAAGAUUGAUAUUGUGAGCCAGAAUCUGAAUAAUUGAUGAUUCUGUUACAUGUGGACAG